CUAUAAAAGCCCGUCCAAACCCCGCACGUACUCUCUCACUCGCACACUCAUUCACUCUCUCUCUGUCUCUUCCGAUUAGGGUUCUUGACUACUGUGGUGUCAGAUUUGGUCAUCUGAUCGAACGGUUGUGAUCUGUCCACGAAGAUGCCUCGCAAAUCGAAAAGAAAAGCGUCCGCACCCGCUGUCAAAUCCUCUGAACGAGCCGUCAAAUUGUCUGAUGUCGACUCUGUUCGUCCCGGUAAAGCUUUAUCGAAAAAGGUGGAACAGAUAGAUUGCCUAUAUGAUUUAUAUGCAAAUCAAUCGUUAGGCCUGAUUGAUCCGGCAGGAAUUGAAGCACUUUGUUCUGAUGUGGGAGUGGACCAUACUGAUGUUAGGAUCCUGAUGCUUGCUUGGAAGAUGAAAGCUGAAAAGCAGGGUUAUUUUUCUAAGGAUGAGUGGCGAACUGGCUUAAAAGCUCUAAAUGCUGACAGCCUGAACAAAUUAAAGAAAGCACUCCCAGUACUUGAGAGAGAGGUGAUGAAGCCACCGAACUUUGAGGAUUUCUAUGCUUACGCAUUUCGAUACUGCCUUACAGAGGAGAAGCAAAGGUUCGUAGACGUUGAGACCUUUUGUGAAUUGCUGAAUCUUGUUCUGGGUUCGCAAUUUUGUGCCCAGGUUGAUUUAAUAACCGAAUAUCUAAAGCUCCAGAUUGAUUAUCAGAUGCUAAGCAUGGACCAAUGGGUGAACUUCUAUCGUUUUUGCCGUGAUAUAAGUUUUCCAGAUCUUCAAAACUAUGAUCCCUGUGAAUCUUGGGCCGUGAUUGUUGAUAAUUUUGUUGAAUGGUUGAAAGAAAAGAAAAGCUAAAUUCAGUACCUUUGGCCAGAGUCCAAUGCCGAUAAUGGACUCUACAAAAAUUGAAGUAGGAAUUGUAUCUAACCAACUAUUGAUGCUGACAACAUUACUGAAGUCGUUUCUCAUGUCAAAAAACCUCACUGUUGGUGGUCUGGACUCUGGAGAUGCUUCAGGCAUUCUUAUUACAUUGCUUGAGAUUUGCAGUCUUGUUUAUGUAAAACCCUAAUAUUUUUACUACUAUAGCUAGGGUUUCUCCUUGACCCUGUUGACUGGUCAAUGAUUUUUUGAGUAAGAAAUGAGUUUAUACGCGAAUUCAGACUAGUACUUUGUAUCUUUUGAUUACAUUUAUGUUUGCUUUAUACGAGAAUUCAGCAUAAAAAAUAAAAAUUUAGUCUUUCUAGUU